GUCACCGAGCGCGUCCCCGGGCUCGGCGGCUCCCGCGUGCGGCCCGAGCCGAUGGCCCCGCAGCGGAGGGGCGCGCCCAGGGCGCCCGACGGCAGCACGGCAGCCGAGCGCCGGCGCCCGAGCAGCACCAGGAAGGACCGGGCCCUGCGGGAGGUGCCGAGGGCGUGGCUGAGGACUGCAGGCCUGGGGGCCGGCCUGGCGCUGGCUGCACUCCUGCUCUGGAGCAGCCUGGGGACUGACGACGGGGUCACCGAGGUCCUGGCCCGCCGUGGAGAGGUUGUGGCCGGAAGGUUCAUCGAGGUGCCCUGCUCCGAGGACUAUGAUGGCCACCGAAGGUUUGAAGGCUGCACCCCCAGGAAGUGUGGCAGAGGCGUCAGCGACGUUGUCAUCACCAGGGAGGAGGCGCAGCGGAUCCGCAGCAUAGCCGAGAAGGGGCUGUCGCUGGGAGGAUCCCACGGAGGGGCGUCCAUCCUGGACCUGCAUUCCGGGGCCCUGUCGGUCGGGAAGCACUUUGUGAACCUGUACAGAUACUUUGGGGAUAAAACACAAACCAUCUUCUCAGAUGCGGACUUCCAGUUGUACCGAGACGUGCGGCAGAAGGUGCAGCUCGCCAUGGCGGAGGCCUUCGGCAUCAGCGCGUCCUCGCUGUACCUCACGAAGCCCACGUUCUUCUCCCGCAUCAACAGCACGGAAGCGCAGACGGCUCACGACGAGUACUGGCACACGCACGUGGACAAGGUGACCUACGGCUCCUUCGACUACACCUCACUGCUGUACCUCUCCGACUACCUGGAGGACUUCGGUGGAGGGCGCUUCGUGUUCGUGGAGGAAGGGGCCAACAAGACGGUGGAGCCACGAGCAGGCCGGGUCUCCUUCUUCACGUCCGGGUCUGAGAACCUGCACCGCGUGGAGAAGGUCCGCUGGGGCACCCGCUACGCCGUCACCAUCGCCUUCACCUGCAACCCCGACCACGGCAUCGCUGACCCCGCCUUCACGUAGCCGGGCCAGGCUGGGCGCCGAGGGCGCCUGGGGAAGCCGUUCCCUCCGGCCGCAGCCGGCCCACCGCACACAGUGCCUUACGCCAGGGUCCGACUUGCUUGAUCUCUUCAUCUGUGAAUAAAUUAAGGGAGCCAGCC